AUGGGUGUUUGUUUCUCCUCUCGAUCGGGCGAUCGCAGCUGCCAUCAGAAGCCCUCCUCCAACGUGGUCUCUGCCGACGGCGUACUCCGCCAAUAUUCCCUUCCGGCCACCGCCGCCGACGUCCUCGCCUCCCAAGCCCUAUCCUCCGAGUCCUUCUUCCUCUGCAACUCCGACCGCUUGUAUUUCGGCGAUUUCAUCCCCUCUCUCAACGCCGGCGACCAGCUCGAGCCGGCUCAGAUCUACUUCGUCCUCCCGGCGGAGAAGCUUCAGUACCGGCUCUCCGCCGCCGACAUGGCGGCUCUCGCCGUGAAGGCCAGCGUGGCGCUCGACCAGAUCAACGCCUCAAAUCGCCGCCGGAAGAGGAAAACUCGGAUCUCCCCCAUCACGGCGGGGGUUGCCGGAGGAGGCUUUCAGGACCGGCAAUCCAAUCAGACUGUGAACCAGAACAGCCCGAUGAUGGCGGUCAAUUAUAACAAAAGUAAUGCCGGAAAAUCUGGGAUGGGUGUUACGAGAUCUGGAUCCGUGAGGAAAUUGACCAGAUACUCUUCCCGGCGAGCUAAAUUAGCCGUGCGAUCUUUCAGAAAUAAGCUUACCACGAUAUACGAAGGAUUAUGA